CAGUGCCUGAAACUAGAUGGUCUCUGCACCUGGGUAACAGAAGCCAUGAAACGCCCCGUCCCUUUCCCUCUCCUUGCGGCCGUCUGUCUUCUGAUCCCUGGAGAACCCUGUGCAGGGACCGGAGAAGGAGAGGAAGUGCUGCCUUUCACGGCUUUGAUCGAAGGGAAGCAAAGCUGUGCUGGAGCCUUGAUCGCAGAGAACUGGGUGCUGACGGCCGCCCAUUGUCCCACGAAGGACAACCCUAAAGUUAUUAUUGGCGCACACUGUACGUCCCAGAACAGAAAAUGUGGCCACAUAUUUUCCAUUAAAAAGGCAAUUUCCUACCCAUGCUUUGAUUCAGAAUCGUAUGAAGGGGAUCUUCAGCUCCUUCAGCUGGCAGGUAAAGUGCCUAAAACCAAAGCUCUAAGAACACUUCCGCUACCCAAACCAGAAGAGGUCAGUCCCCACACCAGGUGUCACGUGGCAGGAUGGAGAAGCACCAGAAGAGACUCCUCCAAACUGUCAAAAAGCCUGAGAGAACUUAAUGUCACUGUGAUCGACCAGAAAAUGUGCAACAACAACAAGCACUAUAAUUUUUCACAACGUAUUGUUGAUCAUAGCAUGAUCUGUGCUGGUGGAACAGGCAAUUCAUGUGACGUGGUUUCUGGAAGUCCUCUGAUAUGUGAGGGCAUUUUCAGAGGUGUCUCUUCCUUUCGGGAGUGCUGUGGCCCUAAGAAGCCUGGCGUCUACACUCUCCUUAUCCGAAAAUACCUGGACUGGAUAAGGAAGACCAUGGCAGGAGCCGCCUGACCCUCCUUCCUCCAAGCGGAGAACUGAGGUGCCCACCGACGAGGUUGAGCAAAGGGGAGCUGAAGAAACACCUCGCGACCCUCCACCCUUGGGUGCCAAGGACACAGCCUGUUCGAAACUUUCCGUCAGCAUCCCGUCCUCUUGAUCCCAUCAUCUAGAUGUUCCUUGAGAAAAAGUUCCCCAGUUCAGUCACCCUUUGCUCUAUUCAGAAUUUGAGGACUGUCACCUUCGUGUUUAUCUGUAAAAGGAAGGAGAUCUCAGGAAAAGUUAGGAUAUUCUUUCUUCUUCAAGUAAAGCUUCAAAAUACCUAUGGCCUUUGAAAUCUAGAGCGUGAUAUUCUAUUCAAUGUGGGAAUGAGAGGAAGGGGGAUCGUCCCUGCCCACUACGUGCUUCCAUAUAUUUCCAUUUUCACAAAAGCUUAAGCUGUAGACAACGAGAGAGAUCCCGUGUGUGUUUUAGAUGUUUGGAAAUUUUAGUAUUUGAGGAUAUAGUUCAGAGCAUUGCAUGUUAUUAAUUACAAGUAGUCUGAAGUUUCAUAUACCAGUAGGCCUCUGUCCAGCCAGCACCCUGGUGUGUAUUUUGCCUUAGCUAGUGAAUUUAUAUAUGCAAGCGCUAACCUUAACACUGUUAUUCUUAAUAAAUUGUGAGACAUAAUAAAGAAAAU